AUGUCGCAGCUAUCAUCCGUUCUCUUACUCGGUGCUGGAGAGCUGGGGACAGCCAUCCUCAGCGGUCUGGCCAAAAAGUAUACCCUGGGGAGUAUCCAACUCGCACUAUGCCUCCGACCUCAGACGAUUUCCGACACAAAGAAGACACAGCGCCUUCGCGAUCUCGCCAGCCCGCACACGCUCGAGCUCGUCAGCGGGGACCUCGGCAGCGACAGCGCGGCCGAGCUCGCCACAAAGUUCGCGCGGUUCGACGUCGUGAUCGGGUGCACUGGCUACGCCGCCGGGCGCGGGACGCAAGUGAAGAUCUGCGAGGCGGUCCUCAAGGCGGGCGUGAAGCGCUACUUUCCGUGGCAGUUCGGCGGGGACUACGAUGCGAUCGGCCGGGGGAGCGCUCAGGACCUAUUCGAUGAGCAGCUGGACGUACGAGAUAUGCUGAGGGCACAGGACAAGACGCGUUGGGUGAUAAUCAGCACGGGGAUGUUCACGAGCUUCCUGUUCGACGACAGCUUUGGGCUGGUGGAAAGGAAGGAAGACGGGGAGAUCGUGGUGCGCGGGCUGGGGAGCUGGGAGAACCGGAUCACGGUGACCGCGGUGGAGGAUAUCGGCAGGAUCACAGCGGAGGUGGCCAUUGACGAGUCCAUCGAAGGGGUCGUGUAUGGCGCGGGCGAGACGAUCACAUGCGAGAGACUGGCGCAGCUGGUCGAGGCAGCGAUGGGCAAGGACGCGAGGGUGACGAGGGAGCUGUGGACGCUCGACCAGCUGAGAGAAGCGUUGAGGCAGGACCCGCUGAACCCGCUGAAGAAGUACCGAGUCAUCUUUGCGGAGGGGAAAGGCGUCAGCUGGGACAUCGAGCGCACGAUUAAUUACCAGAGGGGCAUCGAUACGACGGAUGUAGCGCGAUGGCUGAAGCUGCACGCAAUUAAUUAGCCCUGUACCUUGGAUUUUUCGAAUUUAUAAUGCUGGUCGAAUGGUAUAAUUGCCGCCUG